AUGAGUAGAGGAGCGCCAAAUUGGGGUUUUACUUCGCCAUAGACAAAAUUCAAAAGUCCCUCUUUCUCUUUCCCUGAAAAUGUACACUCGUCCAAACCCUAGAUUCUCCAUUCAGUGGGCUGAUCUUCCACCGGAGCUUCUCGACAUCAUCGCCAAACGUCUCGAAGCCGCAAUCGACGUCCGCCGCUUCCGCGGCGUCUGCCGUUCCUGGCGCUCCUCCACAACGCCCCACAAAUUCCCCAUCAUCAAGCUCCCUUUCUUCAACAAGUACCAACGCUCCGGCCGCCAACACAGCGGCGGCCACUUCAUUCUAACCCAAAGGAUCGUCUACCGCAUCCGAUUGCCCAACAGCACAAACCCUGACUUCUGGCUGGUCAAGCUCGAGCACUCCGAUGACGGCAAAGUCAGGAUCAUAAAUCCGGUAACGCACCGGAAAAUUAAGACUGAGGCGGUCGAGAUGCCGAAGGUGCUGAAUACUCUGGAUUUCGACAUUUCCGAGGUGAGCAAGGGUUACGCGCUCAGGUACGUCAAUCCUUCAAAUCGGAGUGACGAUUAUUACGAUUUUAGGUAUGUUAAGAAAGUAGCCGCUUCUGUCAACGCCGAGACUGGCGAGUAUGUUGUGUUGAUAAUCGACCUGCGUAAUAGAUUGUUGCGUAUAACUUCGGAUCGGAAGAAGUGGACUCUGUUUCAUGGCGGUGAUGGUGGCUAUAAUUUCGCGGCUGCCAAAUUUUAUGAUGUUGCAAUGGUUAAGGGGAAGCUGUGUGCAACUGAUGCCUCUGGAGAUAUUUGGUCGUUCGAUUCCAAAUUUGGGAGGACGAUAGGUAGAUACGAAGGCGAUCGCUCUUUGAAAAGGCGGAUGGUGGAGUUUAGCGAUGGGGAGUUGGUUUUGGUUGAGGAAAUGGGGAAAGUUGAUGGACCUAUUGAUCAAAUUUUCCAUGUUAAGCAGCCGUUUGUAGACGUCUCCGUUUACGCUCUGUCCAAGCUGUUGAAGAAAUGGACUGACAUCAAAGAGACACACGGUUGCAUUGUUGUUGUAGGCGACGAUUGCUCCUAUUCUAUUCCGAUGAAAGAAUUCAAUGCGGCUAGGGUUUUCUACACUGAUCGCUACUCGUUUCUUCAAAGUGAGAUUGUUGCUGGCGCUGAAGAAUAUACCUGUUUCGAGUGUGAUUGCAGGGAGGGUGUCUGUAAUUGCCUUCACGUGUUAGAAACUGUAGUAGCUGCUGAUGAGGUUGCAAACGAUAACGUUAAACGCGUGUUUGCAGGAUUUUAUGGUCAAUAUAUUGGUGUUUAUGAAUCUGGGACUAGGGAAACGGGGACAGCACUGAUGUUCCCUGAAUAUGCAAGCAUAUUUUGGCCUCCUCCUGCAUGGCUCAGCCACCGGCCCACCGUUGGUGCUUCUGCUUGAUGUUGGUUUGAACUGGUGUAUAAUACCUGGAUCUAGGGAGGGAAAAGUAGAAUAAAGACAUGUGAGGCUUUCAUGGGUGGAUAUAGGCUCAGUUUUCCAGUGUUUCAGUUGAUGGGGCUGAGAGUGUAACAAGACACUCUUGGGGUUAAGUUUAUUAAAUAAGGGUUUAUGGUUUUGAAAAUUAUGAAUUUUCUCCAUAACAUUGUUUUAUGAAUUUUUAUUUGUUAAAUUAAUAGUAAUAUGAAUUUUUCCUA